AUGUUCGAUGUGAGCAACGGUUUCCGCUUUGGAAUCAGAUGGAAGAGAUACACUCCGAUACAGAAAUCAAAGGGUGAACCAGCAGGGUCUAGACCCAUCCCGUCCUUGAUCCUGGUGGACGCUACUACUAGUUUCUCCCCACGUGGUGCCUCUGUCCAAGGCCUAUCCAAUUCCGCUGCUGUGCCUGACAACUACUACCUUAUCCCUGCACUGGCGGAGUGA